AGUUGAAGGUGCUGACGCAGCUGGGGGAACUUUGCCUCGAUGGCACCUUCCUGUCCGCGACUCCGCCCCCGCCGGAGGGGCUCGGCUCGGGAAUUCAAGAUGGAGUCGCUGAGUAGAGCUGGGCAGGAGAUGAGCUUAGCGGCCCUGAAGCAACACGACCCCUACAUCACCAGCAUCGCAGACCUCACGGGCCAGGUCGCUCUGUACACCUUCUGCCCCAAGGCCAACCAGUGGGAGAAGACUGAUAUAGAAGGGACCUUAUUUGUAUAUCGAAGGUCAGCCUCACCUUACCAUGGUUUUACCAUUGUGAAUCGACUGAAUAUGCACAAUCUGGUUGAACCAGUGAAUAAAGAUUUGGAAUUUCAGCUCCAUGAACCAUUUCUUCUAUAUAGAAAUGCAAGCUUGUCAAUAUACAGCAUCUGGUUUUACGACAAGAAUGACUGUCACCGCAUAGCCAAACUCAUGGCCGAUGUUGUAGAAGAGGAGACACGGCGGUCCCAGCAAGCAGCUCGGGACAAGCAGAGUCCUAGCCAGGCCAACGGCUGCAGUGACCACAGGCCCAUUGACAUCCUGGAGAUGCUAAGCAGAGCCAAGGAUGAAUAUGAGAGGAAUCAGAUGGGCGACUCCAAUAUCUCCAGCCCUGGGUUACAGCCAAGUACUCAGCUCUCCAAUCUGGGAAGCACUGAGACUCUAGAAGAGAUGCCAUCGGGGUCACAAGAUAAGUCUACUCCAUCUGGACACAAACAUCUGACAGUGGAAGAAUUAUUUGGAACCUUUUUGCCAAAGGAACAGCCAACUGUUGUGGGUCUGGAUUCAGAAGAAGUGGAGAAGCUGCCAGGAGAUGCCUCCCAGAAAGAGUCCAGCUCAUUCCUACCAUUUUCCUUCGAGCAGUCAGGAGGAGCCCCUCAGUCGGAAAACCUGGGUGUCCAUCCUGCUGCCCACCACUCAGUCCCACCUGAAGCCCCCACCCCGGUGCUGAUCACUCCUGCCUCCAUCACACAGUCCGGUGACAAACAGGCCCCAGGCUAUGCCAUCCCACUGCGCCCUGUGCUCAGUCCCACUCUACCAGCAGAAGCUCCUACAGCACAGGUUGCCCCCAGCUUACCCCGAAACCCCACCAUGAUGCAGGCGGUGAAGACCACGCCAAGACAGAGGUCUCCGCUGCUGAGCCAGCCAGUCCCUGAGCUGAGCCACGCCAAUCUGACUGCCACCCAGAGCCCCUUCAGGGCCCCCCUGAGCGUGACAAACACAGCUGGUACAUCCCUCCCAAGCGUGGAUCUUCUCCAGAAACUCAGGUUGACCCCACAGCAUGACCAAAUACAGACACAGUCACUUGGGAAAGGUGCCGUGGCACCCAGCUUUUCCCCAGCAGCUGGCCAGCUGGCCACGCCCGAGAGCUUCAUAGAGCCCCCCUCUAAGACCGCAGCAGCUCGAGCCUCAGCAUCCCUGAGCAACAUGGUGCUUGCUCCCCUUCAGUCUAUGCAGCAAAACCAGGAUCCUGAAGUCUUUGCCCAGCCUAAGGUGUUAUCCAGUGCCAUCCCGGUCGCAGGCCCCACACUGGUUACUGCAACAACCAUGGCAGUGUCUUCAGUCCUGUUGUCCCCAAGUGUUUUCCAGCAGACAGUUACAAGAUCCACAGACCUCGAGAGGAAAGCAAGCGCCCCUUCUCCACUGACUGUUGGAACAUCAGAAAAUCAGAGAAAGCCUUCCAUUAUUCUCAGCAAGUCUCAGCUCCAGGAUACAUUAAUACAUCUAAUAAAGAAUGAUUCCAGCUUCCUCAGUACACUUCACGAAGUCUACUUGCAGGUUCUGACCAAGAACAAAGACAACCACAACUUAUGACUGGAGCAGAAUAAAUCCGAAGGCAGAAUGUCGACCUCAGAAACAAAUAGGCCUCAUCAUGGAAACUUCUAAACAGAACAUUGAGUUUUGAGAAUCCUGAAAUUGAGCCUAUGAGAAAUAGACUCAUUCCUUAAGAAUGUUUUCCAAGUGACGUUCUCAGUGAUAAUGGAGGUUUCACUGUGAAGCAUCACCAGCAGACCUUUGUUUUGACAAGAAAAAAAAAAAAAAAAACCAUUGUGUUAAGUUGUGUGGGUGUUUUCAUCAGCUCUAAGAAAGGAUGUGAAAUAAGGAGUCUGGUUUUCAGCUUGCUUUCACCCUCAAGGUCUUAGGGAGGAGAGGUCACCAGCCUUGCAGCAGAGUUCAGCCCAGCCCGCAACCCUUCCCUUGCUCCUCCCUCCUAGAAAUUUGAGCCUUAGGCUGAUAGUCAAGUUCUGAACAGAGCAGAAGUCAGCUCUGUGCAAAGUAGCUUUGAGUUUUAAGGAUCAGAGUUUAAGUUGGCAAAUUAGGACUGAUUUGUUCAAGUGAGGUGUAUUUUUAUGAAUGCCCCAUUUGGGCCUUAAGAGAUCUGAAAUUUCUCAGUUGUGUCUUGUUCUUAAGUGUCCCCAGUGCUGCCCCGCAGCAGGCUCCCAGGGCAGUGGUACCAUGUGACUAGGGCCCCGCCAGGCUCUGUGAUGGUAUGGGAGGAGCAUCUUUGAAGCAAAGGCUGGGGCUGGUGAAGACUGAAUUCCAUCAGAAACCUUCACUUUAAGUUAAACUCUUGAGUGGUUUUGAAAAUGUUUUGUGUGAAGUAUAGCCUUACUUUCCUUUUCUGUCUAAACACAGAAGUCCUUGUUGAUUGUUUUCCUUAACACUUUGACAAAAGGACCGGUGGACCAAUCUAACAAAGCCAUUCUGGUUCCAUUCCUCGAGUCUACUGAGAGUAGUUUUAAAGCUAUGCAGAAAAGGGAGCUGUUAUUCACACUGCCCUUACUUUAUUAUAGAAUAUGGAGUUUAAAACAAAGUGUGAAAAUCAGAACUUUACCAAUGUAUUCCUAGGCUGUGAGUACUUUUGCAGCCCAAAGUGUGAAAAUAUGUAAAGAUGCUUUGUUAUGCUGCUAUUGACCUGCCAUGAUUUAUAUUUAUUCUUUUAUGGCAUGUAAUGGUGAUUAGUAAUAUUUUAAUGUAGAUUUUGAUUUAUUUCAGCAAUAGUAAUUUUAAGAUACUCUUUGAAUGAAAGUGUCUUCGUUUCUAUGAUACAGAUCAUUUUGUAGUAUUUAACCAAUUAAGAUGCACUGCUUACUUUUCUGAGCACUAUUUAAUGAUGGGGUAAAAACCCAGUUGGCUCAACCAGCUAGCAUAAGGAUUAGCUGUGAAUAAUGCUGAUGGAUGUGGUGGUUCCUCGGGAACAAUCAUUUAAGCUUUAAUGGUAACUCAAUCAUAAAUCCAUAGAUUUUUUUUUUUCUAGCUGAGAUUUUAGAAAAUUACUUGUGAAUUACAUGCUUGUUUUAGUUUGGCCUUAGUUUUUUUUAGCAUAAAGAAUACUUUGAUUGGCUUUUGUUAAUCUAAACAUGCUUCCUGGGCAGUUUUCUCUUGCUGUCUAUGUAGUUAUUUGUGAAUUGUGCAGCAGUCAGGGAAGCUUAUAAGUUCUCAUACUUGAUGGGGAAGAGUUUGUUUUCAAAGGUAGUGUGUAAAUCCAGCAACCAAAAAUGAAUUGCUCGUACAUCACCCAGGAAGGAGAAUGUUGAAGUAAGAUCCAGAGUGUUGCUUACACCAGGAGAUGGUGUUGGGGGAGCCACGUGACUGUUCUCAGAAAACAGGUUUGAUCGCACCCCCAGUGUUGUUUCGGUGGGCUUUGGUACAUGGAAGAAUCAAGGGAUUCUUGUUGUAAUAGACAUUUGACUUGAAAUGAUUUGAGUAUGUGUAAUAUUAUGAGAGAGUUAAGAGAGAAUAUCCUAAAGAGGGUCUGUAAUCAAAUCUGUUAAUUUUCGCCCUUUCAUCCAAGGAAUGAAUAUGAUAGACAGGAAAGAGAAUCUAUGAUAAGUUUUCUUUAGUGGGAAAAUAAACUUUGAAGUGCCCAAGUCAUGGAGACUUGAAAAGGGUCAACCUGUUUCAACUCCCAAAUUUAUGUAUUCAAGGGAUUUACUUAAAAUUCAGAAGCCAGAAGUUCACCAUCAUGAUUUCCAGGAGGUUUGGGCCAGAAUGAGUCCCUGAAAAGUCAGGCCAAGCCUGACUCGUCGCAGUCGGAUGACCCUGGCCCGAAAAUCACAGUUCAGUUGCCUUAUUCCUCGGUCAGACUUCCUAUCCAGAACCUCACGCUAGCUUAGGUUGCAUGUGUCCAUAGCUGCCAUGACUUUUACUGGAACCUUUGUUUCAAUCUUAGUUAAAUCAAAGUGGACACCAAGACGCAGAUGGUUCUUGCCAGGUUUUGCAGUUAGACCACCGUGUGUGUCCGUGGGCCCACCCCCAACCGCAGUGGGUAGCACUGCUCUUUUGUUGUAGUUAACGUGACGUCUUUGGAUAGACUCCCGCACCUCCCAGACAGCCUUGUUCCUGCAGGAACAAGGGCAUUCUUCCAGAGAUUUGUAAAGUGGGACUUUGAAUCCUUAAGUUUUCAAGCGACUGUCAGUGUUAGAAGAAGCAUUUCAUACUGUGUGCAUGGGAGUGUCCUCAGCUCACCGUGCGAGCCUUUGGGGUGGCCAUCACAGAGUGGGGUUUUUCAAAGAGCCCAAAUUGAUGGAUCCUUCUCUGCUGAAGGCCACACAGGCCUCAUUUAGAAUGUGUCUGGCCCGGGCGCCUGGGUGGCUCAGUUGGUUGGGCAACUGCCUUCGGCUCAGGUCAUGAUCCUGGAGUCCCGGGAUCGAGUCCCGCAUCGGGCUCCCUCCUUGGCAGGGAGUCUGCUUCUCCCUCUGACCCUCCCCCGUCUCAUGUGCUCUCUCUCUCUCAUUCUGUCUCAAAUAAAUAAAAUCUUUAAAAAAAAAAAAAAAAAAAAAAAAAAGAAUGUGUCUGGCCCAAUUUUGCAUGUCAAGCAUCUGUUCUUUUUCUGCCUAGCUUUCCUUGUAAAAAUCGGAAACCCUAUCGAAUCCUAUACUAGGUAAUAUGUUUAAACCAUGCAGCUUUAUUUCUCUCCCCACCCCUCCUCCAAGAAUGUAGUUUGAAGUUUUCUCAUUCGGGUAGUAGAGGCCAUAACCGCCAUUGUGUUAACUAAUAAUGCAACAUGAAUUUGAAGGUGCCUAACUGCUUAAAAAACAAAAUCAGCCAUCACACAGUAACUGGGCAAAACGUAGAAACAGAGGAAUGAGAGGAGGCAACAGGCACAAGGGGGCCCAGUCCACGGGAGUGAGGACAAGGGAUCACAGGGACAAGGGUCCUGCCUUCUUGCUGCGUAUUUGCUGCUGAGCACGUGUUUCGUUCUUACCUAUCUUUGGUUUUCUUCGGUUGUGUUCAAAGUACCUUCUGGAACCAAUAGUGCCCUGCAUUUUCAGGUGUGUAAAAUGUUAAGAUCUAAAUCAAGGAAGGCAACUUACACUGGGCUUUUUAAAAGCUGUGUUUGAGAACAUUUCCCUGAGUGGGCCGGGGCCUCAAGGAGCCUGUUUUCCAGCAAAUUCAGCAGGAGAGAGGUGUGCAAUGUUUCACUCGGUUUUCUAUUUGACAUCUUCAUUUGAAAUGCUAAGAUGCAAUAUCGUUCACUUUGAAUGGGGAAAAUGCAAAAUUGUGUUUCCCUUUUAUCUGUGUGAUUCCUUAAGAAACGUGUUUUUACAGUAUGUGUUCUCAGUGGUUUUUUAUUCUGUAUUACUGCUUUGGCCGUGCGGCUCUCAUGACUUUCAGCGUACUGGAUUCUCAGCUCCCUGAAGUGUGGGGCUGAGAAGCUCUGGAAUUACCGCAAGAUUUUUGUUCCAUGAGCGCAAUACUGCAUCAUUAACAUUUUUAAUGGUAUGGAUUUUAUACCAUCUGUGUAUGUUUGCAAAUAUUAAGUUAUUACAUGUUUUCAAAUGAGCAUUUUUCAUCCUAAAUUUUAUAUGUUUGCAAAUAUAUUUUUUUAAUAAAAGUUCAAAACCAA